AUGCAUCAAUUCAAGACACCCGCCGCUGUGGGAACCGAAAUCGCAGAACCUCUGUGUCGUCGAACUACUUUCUUCGUCAAUGUCGACUGGCGAAUGGGCGCAACUCUUGCUACCGCUACCAACAUUGUCGGCCAGAUGUACGUUGAGUGCAUGGAGCCUGUUGAGGUACUUCACCCAUACCCCGUCAUUCUCAUCCACGGAGACUUCCACACUGGUCAGACAACCAAGCCAGAUGGUCAGUCAGGGUGGGCUUCUUUCUUCCUCAAGAAAGGAUUUCAGGUCAUGAUCGUCGACGUGCCGCCGUCCGGCCGUUCCAACUUCCUUACGACUUCCCACUACCUUCACAGAGAGGUGGGAUUGAACUCGAGUUCGCUCAAAGCAUCAGCAGUUGAAGCUGCGCUUACUGCACCUAGUAAACCCAGAGCUCCCGGUGUGCCUCUCCAGUAUGAGAGAGCAGUGUUCCACAACAAGUGGCCAGGCGUAAGCGAAUAG